AGAGAUGAAAAGUGAAAAGAAGAAAAUGUACGAAAAAUGAAAAAUAAUCACAAUCAUAAUAAUGACUUGACACUCAACCCCUUAAGAAACCAACCAGAAUCAGUAUUUAAUUAAAAUCAAAAUAAAAACGCGUAAGAAUUGGAGAGAAUCUUCUUUUGUUUUUCUUAUUUUGUUCAAGUGUGGAGUGGGUGCUCAACAACAACUCUCUGACAAGCCGCACAACACAUCAAAUUGAAAAUAAGAAAUAUCCCCCCAAAAUAAUCAACACAUCCACAUCCAAAUGGAUAAAAAAGUAUUCCUGCUGUUGUUUGGCUUCCUUUUAUAUCUGAGCUCCUCACUGGGCCAGAUUGCGGGGAACAACUCCAGCUCCUCGUCACCCCGUCCGCCGCCGCCACCGCCGCGUGUGAAGCUCAACAAAUGCUGCCAUUUGGGCGAAUAUCUCAAUGUGACCACCCAAUCCUGUAUAGCUGGCUCCUCAGAGCUUUGGGUGCCAUUGGUUUAUCUAAUACAGCAGCAACGUUUCUUUGAGCCCACGGGAGCAAGUCCUCGUUUUAUGAAAUUCAUACCCAACAAACGCCCCAAUUGCUCUCGAUCCGCUCUCGAGGGGGAAGAAGGCUUCGUCAGUCCAGAGGAUCUCGUGGAGAUCUUUAGCAGUCGUCAGGCCAAUGUCAUGAUAUUUCCCAAUGGCACUUUAUAUGUGCGAGAACGUGUUUUGCUGGUUGAGCCCAGUAGCUAUUGUGUGGAUCGUGAUGUGGCCCUGGUUUGUCGCCUGCCGCCCGAUCCCGUCCAGAAUCCAGUGCAGAAUGCGGCAACAGGGAGUGGUGCUUCGCCUGGUCCAUCCUUCGCUCCUUCGCCCUUGCGUUUACGCAAAUGUUGUGGCAAAUGGGGCAACUAUGAUGCAAACCUCAAGAAAUGUAAUGUUAACACAAGUCCUGGCGAUGGCCAACUGAAAUUACGUCCACAGCUGGAGAUGGGCAGCUAUCAGACAACUUAUGGCCUACCGGAGUGUUCAAAUGGCGGUGGCUAUGCCAUAGCCGGUGACUGGGCAGAGGCACAAUUGAAUCACAGCUCUGGCUCCAUACGCCUGCAGCAUACAAAUUUAACGGCCCAGGAUUAUUGUCUAGAACACACCCAAGGACGAGAGGAUGAGGUGAAAAUUAUUGCCUGCACGAGACAUUUCACGUUAGUCGUCGAUCCGGCCGAUAUGUCCAAAGAUCACGACGUAAUCACAUCUUCCGGAAAACAUCUGCAACAGGCUGUCAUUACGGGUGGACUACUGGUCUCGGUGGUCUUUUUGGCUGCAACUCUGGUAGCUGGCUACAUGCUGCCCGCUGUACAUCAUGCCCUCCACUGGAGAUGCCAGAUCUAUUACAUCUUUUGCCUGCUGGUGGGCAAGGUUCUGCUGGCCAUUGAGGAAUUGAAUACGUCGGUGGAACUGGGUUCGCCCACCUGCUUAAUGCUGGCAGUAGGAAUACAAUUCUUCUUCCUUUCGGCCUUCUUUUGGCUAAACACCAUGUGCUUUAACAUCUGGUGGACUUUUCGUGAUUUUCGUCCUAGUUCGCUGGAACGGAAUCAGGAGGCACUACGUCUGCGUCUGUACUCGGUUUAUGCAUGGGGUGUGCCCUUAUUGAUAUGCUCCAUAGCCGUUUGUGUCGACCAAUUGGUUGUGCCAUCGGAGACGGCACUGAGACCAGGAUUUGGCCAACACUAUUGUUGGUUCGAUAGGCAAUCGCUGCCCAUAUUGGCCUAUUUCUUCGGGCCCAUCGGCCUGCUUCUCUGCGCCAAUAUAGUGCUCUUCAUCUCAACGACUCAUCAAUUGACCUGCGGGUUGUGGAAGCGGGACGAUGUUAAAUCCUCAUCAGAAAAGUCGGCUCUGGUUAAAGUCUGUCUCAAACUUGUCGUCGUCAUGGGCGUCACGUGGAUAGCGGAUCUAAUAUCCUGGAUAGUAGGGGGACCAGAUUCAGCCUGGUUAAUUACCGAUCUGAUUAAUGCCCUGCAAGGAGUAUUUAUAUUCAUUGUGGUCGGUUGCCAGCCGCAGGUGUGGACCGCCUGCCGACGCAUUUGCUGUCCGCGUCUUCGUCAUGAUAUCACCAAUACCACCAAUGGCGUCCAGCACUCGAGCAGCUCACAAGGAUUGCCCUCAAUGGUCGGUGGCUAUGGCACUGAAUUCACCCAGAAUACUUCAAUGAAUGUAACCACAAUGCAGAAUUCCAAUGCUAGUCCACCACCAUCAAUUGAGGAAUAUAAAAGUGGUGCGGGUGGUGGUGUUGAUGGAGGAGGAGAUGGCACCAAUGUAACGAUGGAUGGUCCAAUCAAAAAGAUACCAAUGGAAACUGUUUGCUAAAAGAAAGCUGAGACGAUGAGCAGAGGAAGCAGCGGCAACAACAACAACUAAUGACUGACAAUAAAUAAAUGCGAAAGUAGAGAAACCUUGCCCCUCCCUUCCUAACCACCUCCACCUUCGUUACGACCUGCAACAAAAGCAAAGCACUGGAGCCGCCGCACUUGCGCAAUAGCAGCAACAACAACAGCAAUAGCAACAUUCGAGCAGCUAAUUGUAUGUGGUGCACAUGUGUGUGUGUGUGUGUGUGUGUGUGUGUCCGUAUGUAUUUGACAAUUGACCAACAGACACUUACCAGUAUUUCAACUUAACGGCAUAACGGCAUCACAGACAGUGAGAGUAAAAGAGACAGAGGCAGACAGCGCUGUCAGUUCACAUUCUAAAUAUCUAUCAGUAUCUAGUGUUGCAAAAUACUUAAGCAGAGCUCAACUAGCUGUUAAAAAUAAAUGGAGAAAAUAAGAAAAGAAAAUAGCAACAAUUUAAUACACAAAACAAAGUCAAAGAAAAAUGUACGAUACAGUAGUAGAUUCAGUCACAAGGAAUUCAUUGUUGAGGCAUUGUUAUUGUAAUAUCUUAAACCAAAACUCUCAAGUGUGAGAAAUUCAGCAGCCAGCUAAAUACAUGCAUAUGCAUGUGUGUAGGAAUGUAUGCGUAUGUAUGUAUGGAUAUAAAUUAGACUGGUCUUUUAAUUUCUUAUAUCAAUUUUGUGAUGUUUUUGUUACUACUAUGCAAAGCUGGCGUUUCUCUCUAACUCUACUAAGAAACUCAAUCGUAAUGAAGAAAAAAAAUUACUUACAUAUGUAUUUUUAUGGCUUCACUUCAGAUACGACGAUAAUUAUAUACACAAAUAGUCUGAACCAAAGGAAACCAGUCUAAUAUAGCAUUCGUACAUAAACACACAACUACAUGCACGUGUAUGUAUAAAUGUGUUAAACAUUUAAAUUUGUUGAUUCUGAUUUGUAUUUGGAUUGCAUUUUAUUUAGCUAGACGUCAUCGUGUCUGUUCACAUGUCUUGCUGUCUGUCUGUUUCAAUGUAUAGGUAUGUGCGCCUGUGUGUGUGUGCUUGUCACCGCUGCUGUUUUGUGUCAUUUCGAUUGCUCAAUAAUUUGGGUUUUUUUUAGUGUAUUUUCGAGGAAUGCGCGUUUUGUGCGUGUGUUUAAUUUAAACAAAAUGUUGUUUAGGUUCCUCCGUUUUGGUGGCUUAAGUAAACAAUUAGAAUUUAUUUACUUGAAACGCUUGAAUCACGCACAGUAUGCAGGUGUAAUACCCAUACACACACACACACUUACGCACAGUCUGAGAGCCACAGGCUGAGCCAAAUUUUAGCAAAUCCAUCACCUUACCAUAAGAUUAACUUGAACUUAAUUUUCAACUUAUAGUUUGGGUGAAAAAAAAAUUUAUUUUUAUUUUUUACUGACUACGCUCAUGCGAUUUUAGCAACAUUUAUCAUAAAAAGAAAAACAGUUCAACGUAACGAUCUGAUCAAGGUUAAAUUGGACAAAAAGCAGAUGCCCAAAAAGAAAAAAAAAAAAAACGAGAAUAAAAAAAGCU